AACAGAAACGGCUAAAUUGCACCAUCCAUCACUCAACCAGUGAGUUCCAUGAGCUCGGUGCUUAACAUGAUUUGAUAUCGCAUUGCGCGGACGGGAUCGACGGUUGAAUGAGGGGUAAUCUGCUAUCCCCUCACUCCUGACCAUGGCGCUCUCUUUUCCCCUUGAACUUUAAGCUCGUGAUUUCUAUUCACUUACACAAACAUCACACACUCUCAAACAAUACAAUCUUUCCUAUAACAACAUGUCUUUGGGACGUACCUUCAAGCUAAACUCGGGAUACGAGAUCCCCGCUGUCGGUUUAGGGACAUGGUUGUCCAAACCCCACGAGGUAGAGAACGCAGUCGAGGCAGCUCUGCGCUCUGGAUAUCGUCACAUCGAUGCCGCCGCCAUCUAUCAGAACGAAACAGAAGUCGGAGACGGGUGGAAGAAAUCAGGAGUGCCGCGCGAGGAAAUCUUUAUCACCAGCAAGCUAUGGAAUACCCACCAUCACCCCGAAAAUGUAGAAGAGGCCGUCAAUAAGACCCUCAAGGAUCUCCAGACCGACUAUCUCGAUCUGUACUUGAUCCACUGGCCCGUGGCAUUUAUCCACCAGAACUCUUUCCAGCCUCCCCUAGACCCAGUGACGAAGCGCUUCCAGCUGGCAGACGUUCCGAUCUCUGAAACCUGGAAAGCCAUGGAGGACCUAGUCCGAAAGGGCAAGGUUCGCAGUAUCGGUGUGAGCAACUUCACCGUCGAGAAGGUAGAGGAGCUGCUCAAGACCGCGACUAUCCCGCCUGCUGCGAACCAAAUCGAGGCCCACCCGUACCUACUCCAGCCCAAGCUCACUGAGUACCUGAAGGAGAAGAACAUCCUUCCUGUCGCAUACAGCCCUCUGGGGAACAACAUCUACGAGCUACCUCGUGUCAUCGAUGACCCUCAGGUUCAAGAAAUCGCGAAGAAGCUGGAAAAGGAGCCGGCUCAGUUGUUGAUCUCAUGGGCUGUUCAGCGCGGUACAGCCGUCUUGCCAAAGAGUGUUACCCCAUCCCGGAUUGAGAGUAACUUCCAAGACUUCAUCAUCCCCGAUGCCGAAUUCGAGGCCCUGAACAAGCUCGAUCGCAACACGCGCUACAACUACCCCUUCCGUUGGGGAAUUGACAUUUUCGGGGAACUGGGGCCUGAAGAGGCUGAGAGGCGGGCUGAGGAGUUUGCGGCGAAGUUGAGAGCUGAGGAAGCUUAAAUUUUUGUAUCCUACCAUGUAGUACAACUGCUCAGAUUUGUCCGCCACCAUCUCAAUAUAUACAUACAGCUUGCAGAAAGUAUCAUGAACACGACAAUGACAAG